AUUUGUAGUUAUUGUGGUGGGUUUUCUUCGAUUUAGACUUCUCUGAAUUUUUCCGUUUUUGCAUGAAAUUAUUGCUCUUUGGUUUUAGUUAUUUUCUUGGUUAGAAUGGAGAUUUAUGGUUGAUUCUUAGUGGGGGUUUUCUCUUUGGAUUUCAUGGUCAUGAAUUGUUUGUCAAAAUCUAAUUUUAUGGUCAUGGGUUCUUUGCAUGUUUCCAUUUUUACCUGAAUCUUCCUUCAUAUUUAAAUUUUUGAGUUUUUGUUUGACUAAAUGGAGCUUUAUGCCUUAUUUUAAGUGAGGUGUUUUUGUUGGAAUCCAAGUGUCAAUUUUCCAGGUUCAAUUUUAUAUCUAAAUCCAAGUGUUUCAUAUUUGCAACAAUUUUGCCUCUUAUUGUUUUAUUUACUUUUUCUUUUUUUUGUUAGUUUUUGGGAGAUUUCUUUUUAUUAGAUGUAGGUAUAUGUUUUUUUUUUUGGUUUUCUAGUUCCAAUUUUGUUUCAAGAUUAUGACUUGUUUGCUGAAUUUUUCCUUUGAUUCUAGGUAACUAGAUCGUGGGGAGAAUCCAGAAUUUGGAGCUUCAAUCAGUUGGGAGAGUUCUGAAUAGUCAUGGAUGAAGAAGACCGGGCUUUAAGAAAAAACAAAAAAGCAAAAGGCUCAAGUUGGAUCACUUGCCUCGUUGGCAAACCAAAUGUCGUUGAGGGGAACAAAAAGAAAUGUUCAAGCUGAUUGCUCAAAUAGGAAAAAACAGCAUCCAAGGUUAGGAUCCCAAGUGCAAACUCAAGUGCAGCAAGUGCCAAUUCAUUCUUCCUCUCUUGUAGAACAAGUACAACAAGUACCAAGGCAUUCAACCGCUUCUGCAGCACAAACAGUACUAGAACAAGUGCAGCAAGAGUCACUACAUCCUACCCCUUCUACAACACAAGCAGUACAGGAGCAAUUGCAACAAACAUCACAAGAUUCUACACCCAAAGAAGCAAAUGAAGAAUAUGAGGAGCAAGGUAAGAAUCUAUAGAUUGUCAUAGAUUCUACUAACAUUAGUAAUUUGGUAAUCUCUGUGUUGUGAUUAUUGUAGGUCCUUCCACAAAAAAAAAAAAAAAGAGGUAGAACACAAAUGCAAAAUAUACAUGGACGGAAUGAGCGUAAAUUGAUCGUGCUAAAUAAGCACAACUAACCUAUUGGUCCUACUUAAGUGAUCGUAGCAGAGUUAGGUAGCUUCCUUGGCACAUUGGCAAGGAAUUCGACCUUUUGUCCUGUUAACGUAUCAAAUUAGAGGAAACUGAAAACACAUAAAGAUAUGUGGAAAUAUACCAAGGAAAAAUAUAACAUUCCUGAUACUGCACAAGCAUGGGCUUUAACAGCAAUUCAAUCUGCUUGGAGAAAGUAUAAGAAUUGGUUGAAGAAAAAACACUAUGUACCCUAUGCCAAUGACGAACUUCGAAUGGAAAACAGGACUGGAUAUAUUCUACAAUCUCAUUUUAAGGAUCUCCUUGUAUACUGGAACUCCAAAAAAUCUCAGAAAAUGUCCAACAUUAAUGCAGAGAAUCGCAAAAAGUUGAGGUAUCCGCAUACUGUUGGCAAAAAAAGCUUUGCUGUAAUUCGCGAGGAAAAAAAGAAGGAAGGUCCCGAUGUUGUGACGAAUAAGGCCAUCUUUGUGGCUACAAGAAAGAGGAAACCUGGUCGAGUAUACAAGGACUCAUAUGAAGAUACGAUUAGGAAAAUAGUACGAAACUUUUUAAUAUAAAGUUUAUUGAGAUCAUUUGUUUGUUCUUAAAUGUUGGAUCAGUUUGAUAUACUUGAACUCUCUACUCUUGAAUCUGAUUUGUAGGCUGAAAUGGAAAGAAUAGAAACUCAAGAAAGCGAGAAUGGAAGUCAAUCAGUUGAUGCAUUUGCCGCAGUUAUGGGACCUGAUCAUCCGGGCCACGGAAGAUUGUAUGGGCGUAGGGUUACCAAAACUGUCUCGAAAGGGAAAGCGGGAGAUUCUGGACCCUCUUUAAAUGGUACUGAUGAACUGAUGAAGCAAAAAAUGAAGGAGAUGGAAGCGAGGAUGCAAAAAAUGCAGGAAAAAAUCGAUGCACAAACGGAGGUGAUGGAACAAGGUAUUACAAUGAACGUCAUUGCACAACUUCAGCGUCUAAACCCAGACUUAGUACUUGAUCCUAGGAUGCUAAGAUUCAAUUUUCAUUCACGGGGAGAAGCUUCUAGUAGUAACAAUCAAGGUGUUGAAAAUGAAGAAAUGGAAGGUGAUGAUCGGAGUGAAGACUUUUGAGUUGCUGCUGAAACUUUAGUUCUUUUGGGAUGAUCUUUUGCUAGAUGUUUUAGGAAUGAUCUUUUGUUAGAUGUUUUAGGAACGAUCUUUUGCUAUCAAACAAUUUAAAACUUACGCAAACUCUUGAAAGGCAUGUAAGUAAUUAUGCAUAUUUGGAUUUUAACAUUUUGCUUUUAUGGAUAUUACUA